CUAAGGACCAGAACCAUUUUCACUGCCCAUUGUUGCCCUUCAAAUACGAUGUAGAACCUUCAAAACUAAAACAUGCGAGAUCUAGUUUCGAACCUAGAACCUUCGUCCUCUUAUGUCAUCGUCGCUGCUAGAGUCUACCUAAGCCAUGCUGAAACCGUUGCUGCAACCUAUUCAGGUCCUCCGUCAAAGAAGAUGCAAGAGAAAGCUCGACAUCCUCUUCUUCUAGUCUUCCAUCUAAAAAAAAAACAUGAAGCUGGUUGGUUCUUGUCUAUGCUGCCGAAAGCUUUUGAAAUCCUAGAUUUUGUUUCUGUACUUUUACGGUAGUAAAUUAAUUUUACUCCGAUACCCCUCUCAACCACACGAUCAAUCUAAUGGAUACUGUGGAGUCAUUUCCUAGACACCGUACGUAAGCUGCUGCAUAUGAUCCGAAUCCGAGCUAGACAACCCAUUGCUUAACUGUGUUGACUGUUGACUGCCCUUUAUGUAUGCACGCACUGGUUAACUGAGUACGAGAGUUGAGAGGGAAAGCCGUUGGCUUGCUGCGCACUACGUCGAAGCUUCACUGAUCGAUUAAAGUGUAUAAAACCCUAACUCAGACGCACGCCAAGGAACAAAUGUAUCUCUGUAGUUCUUGCCCAGCUUUCCUUCACACAACUCCAAAGCCAAAGAUAUUUAGCUCGUCCGGUUCUUGUCCAAGACAUUUGAGCAUCUGCGCUGAGUCUACGGCGGGGAAUCUGCCCACCACUUACGUGCCAGCUGCUCCCAUUUUUCUUCCUGAAGGACCUUGGAAGCAGAUCCCAGGAGGAGUUACUGCUGCAGAGGGAUUUAAAGCAGCAGGCCUUUAUGGAGGGUUGCGUGCCAAAGGAGAAAAACCUGAUCUUGCACUUGUAACAUGUGAUGUUGAUGCCAUAUCUGCAGGCUCAUUUACAACAAAUGUGGUCGCUGCUGCACCAGUGUUAUACUGUAAAAAGACACUAGACAUUUCCAAAACAGCACGUGCUGUGCUAAUUAACGCAGGUCAAGCGAAUGCAGCAACAGGAGAUGCAGGUUACCAGGAUGUGAUAGAAUGUGUAAAAAACCUUGCAGAGCUACUGAAAAUGAAGCCUGAAGAUGUGCUUGUUGAAUCAACCGGGGUCAUCGGUCACAGAAUAAAGAAGGGCGCACUUUUAAAUUCACUUCCCAAACUCGUAAAUUCACUCUCACCUUCAGUUGAGGGGGCAGACUCUGCAGCAGUGGCAAUCACCACAACCGAUCUUGUUAGCAAGAGUGUGGCAAUUGACUGUCUGGUUGGAGGGAUCAAGGUUAAAGUAGGGGGGAUGGCAAAAGGUUCUGGAAUGAUCCAUCCAAAUAUGGCUACUAUGCUUGGGGUAAUCACAACUGAUGCCAACGUUGCCAGUGAUGUUUGGAGAAAAAUGGUGCAGGUGGCUGUGAACCGAAGUUUCAACCAGAUUACUGUAGAUGGAGAUACUAGCACAAAUGAUACUGUCAUUGCCCUCGCUAGUGGAUCGUCUGGGUUAAGCUGCAUAUCUUCUUUAUAUAGUGAUGAAGCUUCUCAACUUCAGGCAUGCCUUGAUGCUGUAAUGCAAGGUCUUGCCAAAUCAAUUGCUUGGGAUGGAGAGGGAGCAACAUGUCUCAUUGAGGUCCAUGUAACUGGUGCAAACAGUGAGGCUGAGGCUGCAAAAAUUGCACGUUCAGUGGCCUCUUCUUCACUCGUGAAGGCUGCUGUAUACGGCAGAGAUCCCAAUUGGGGACGCAUUGCUGCUGCAGCUGGCUACUCAGGAGUUUAUUUCCACCAAAACUCACUUAGGGUACAGCUGGGCGAUAUUUUACUGAUGGAUGCUGGCGAACCUCAAUUAUUUGAUCAGGUUGCUGCUUGUAAUUAUCUGAGAAAGGCUGGAGAUACGCAUGGUACGGUUGAAAUUCAGAUAUCAGUUGGUAAUGGCCCUGGUCGUGGACAAGCAUGGGGCUGCGAUUUAAGCUACGAUUAUAUUAAAAUCAAUGCUGAGUACACAACAUAGUCCAAUGUGAAGGUCUUCGUAACGAGGACAUGCUCCCUGCCACUUCGAGGACCCUAGCGCUGAAAGAUCCAAUCCUGCACUGUUUAAGGUUUUCCUUUUAAUGCAGGGCUAUGGCCUUUGUUUGCCAAAAAAAAUAAAGACUAGCAGCUAAUGGUCACCAAUGCAACCGCAUUAUUUAACGGGGCAUGAACGUGUCAGACCUUGAGAUGUUCAAUUAGUGGAAAUUGAUUAGUGUCAGAAACAUACAUUGGAAAUCUGCUGGCCCUGGCUGCGCUGCUUAUUGGAUUAUAUUUCUGUGAUAA